AUGAGAAUCCCUUUUUUACAGACUAAAAGAAGACUACGUUUUGGGCUGAUCGCUUUGAUAUUUAUAUUAGUCACUACUAAUUUCAUACUUUAUUGGAGAAGCAGCUUCAGUAAGGUGUCUCAAAUAAUAAGCACAGUAGGGUUUCUCGACUGGAGUUUCAACAAUACAAGUAUUCGUGAAUUUAAUAACAUAACAGAUAUAGCAUACCAUGAAAAGAUCGAUGAUCAUGAUGCUUUAUCAUAUAUUCAAUCAUCUUUUCGAAAAAAAGGUAUAAGACCAAAAGCUUGCUUUGUUACACUAGUUAAAAAUUCGGAGUUGAGAGGGAUGAUAGGAUCUAUACGAAUGGUUGAAAAAAAAUUUAAUGCUAAAUUUAAAUAUGAUUGGAUUUUCUUAAACGAUGAACCUUUUACUGAUGAAUUUAAAAACGCUAUUACUCAAGAAGUCUCAUCAACUGUUAAAUUCGGUUUGAUUCCAAAGGAACACUGGUCUUAUCCAGACUUCAUUGACCAAGAAAAAGCUGCUCAAACCAGAAAGGAUAUGGCAAAUAUCAUCUAUGGUGGUUCAGAAUCCUAUAGACAUAUGUGUCGUUAUCAAUCUGGUUUUUUUUGGAGACAUCCAUUAUUGGACGAUUACGACUGGUACUGGAGAGUUGAACCGAAUAUUAGGCUUUAUUGUGACAUUAAAUAUGAUGUCUUUCAAUGGAUGCAAGACAAUGAAAAGAUAUAUGGGUUUACUUUAACAAUGCGUGAAAAUAAGAAAACUAUCGAAACUCUAUGGAAUGUAUCGAGAGACUUUUUUAACAAGCAUCAUGAUUAUAUUCCAAAUAACAAUUUGAUGGAAUUUUUAUCAGAUGAUAAUGGUAAAACAUAUAAUCUAUGUCAUUUUUGGUCUAAUUUUGAAAUAGCUAAUUUGAAUCUUUGGAGAUCAAAACCUUACAGAGAAUAUUUUGAUUAUUUAGAUCAUAAAGGUGGAUUCUUCUAUGAAAGAUGGGGGGAUGCCCCCAUUCAUUCUAUAGCUGCAGCUCUUUUAUUGCCAAAAAACAAAGUUCACCAUUUUGCAGAGAUCGGAUAUCGUCAUCAUCCAAAUGACAAUUGUCCAAUAGAUCCCAAGGUAUGGGAAGAAAAUAAUUGUGAAUGCGACCCUAACAGAGAUUUCACAUUUCAUAGAUAUUCUUGUGGAACUCAGUUUUACGAUGCGGUAGGUUUGGCAAAACCAAAAGGAUGGGAAAAUCAUAGAACCUGA